AUGACCAUCUACAACACACAAAACCAACAAUCCCCCCCAGAGAACCACAUCGCCACCAUCUCCUCCUCCUCCUCCAAACCACCAACCCCAUCCGACCCAGACUUCGGCCUCGACUCCCUCUUCGGCCUCUUCGCAUCUCUCGUCGCCGCCCCGCUCUACCUAUAUGCCACCCUCAAAGGAAAGUUCAAGGUAUGGGACGAAAUCCUCGACAACAUCCCCGAGUCUCUCCUCCGCAAGCCCACCCUCGACGUAGGAUGCGGCAGGGGCAUGGUUCUCCUCAAAACAGCCCAACGCAAGAAGAAGCUCCUCUCGACAUCAUCAGAAACCCCACCCGCCUACGGGAUAGACAUCUUCAGCACGGCAGACCAGACGGGCAAUUCUCCCGUAGCGACAUACAAGAAUGCGGCGGCCAUGGACGUCGUUGACAUGGCUGUCCUGCACACCGCGUCUUUUACGGAAACAUUUCCCUUUGCGGAUGGGGUGUUUGGGCUCAUCACUGCCAAUUUGUCUAUACAUAAUGCCCAGCGCGAGGGGAGGAUCUUUGCUGUCAAGGAAAUGGCGAGGGUUUGUGCACCUGGUGGGAGGGUUGUAAUUGUUGACUUGUAUGGGUAUUUUAAGGAUCAUAGGGUUGCGUUGGAGGAGUGUGGGUGGACGGGUGUUGAUGUCUCGCUUGUGAGCUUCAAGAUGAUGUAUGGAGUAUUGCCGUGUCAGAUAUUGACUGCUACGAAACCCGAGUGA